GGAAGAUGCCGGCUCUGCCAGCGCUGCUGCUGUCGAUUUACUUCCUCUUCCUGUUGCUGACCAUGGCCCCACUCUCUUUCACCCAGGCUCCCGCCCUCUCCUCCGUCAGAAUGGCGGCUAUUUUGGACGACCAGUCAGUGUGUGGUCGAGGGGAGCGGCUGGCGCUGGCUCUGGCCAGGGAGAAUAUCAACAGUGUGUUUGAGGGCCCGUCCAGAGCCCGGGUGGAGGUGGACAUCUUCGAGCUGCAGAAGGACUCCCAGUACGAGACCACCGAUACCAUGUGUCAGAUAUUGCCGAAGGGGGUGGUCUCUGUGAUUGGCCCCGCAUCCAGUCCCGCCUCAGGCUCAACUGUCAGUCACAUCUGUGGGGAGAAGGAGAUCCCUCAUGUGAAGAUAGGCCCGGAGGAGACGCCCAAACUCCCAUACCUCCGCUUCGCCUCGGUCAGCCUCUACCCCAGCAACGAGGACCUGAGCCUGGCUAUAGGGGCCAUCCUCCGCUCCUUCAGCUACCCCACCGCCAGCCUCAUCUGCGCCAAAGCAGAGUGCCUGCUGCGAUUGGAGGAGCUGGUGCGGCGCUUCCUGAUCUCCCGGGAAACGUUGUCCGUCAGGAUGCUGGACGAAAGCCUGGACCCCACCCCCUUGCUGAAGGAGAUCAGAGACGACAAAGUGGCCACUAUCAUCAUCGACGCGAAUGCCUCCAUCUCCUACCUCAUCCUCCAGAAGGCAUCGGAGCUGGGGAUGACGUCAGCAUUUUACAAGUACAUCCUCACCACCAUGGACUUUCCCCUGCUGCGAUUGGAUGACGUGGUGGAUGACCAGUCCAACAUCGUGGGUUUCUCCAUGUUCAACAGCAGCCAUCCCUUCUACCUGGAGUUCAUCAGGAGUCUCAACCUGUCCUGGAGGGAGGGCUGUGAACUCAGCCCCUACCCCGGCCCAGCGCUGUCGUCGGCUCUCAUGUUUGAUGCGGUGCAUGUGGUGGUGGGGGCGGUGCGUGAGCUCAACCGGAGUCAGGAGAUUGGAGUGAAGCCACUCAGCUGCACCACUCCUCAGAUCUGGCAGCACGGCACCAGCCUGAUGAACUACCUGCGCAUGGUGGAGUAUGAUGGGUUGACUGGCAGGGUGGAGUUCAACAGCAAAGGCCAGAGGACAAACUAUACCCUGAGGAUCCUGGAGAAGCACCAUGGGGGUCAUAAAGAGAUCGGAAUCUGGUACUCUAAUGACACGUUGUCGAUGAACUCGACGUCUCUGGACAUCAACAUGUCGGAGACGUUGGCUAACAAGACGCUCAUCGUCACCACCAUAUUGGAGAACCCGUAUGUGAUGCAUAAGUCCAACUACCAGGAGCUGCAGGGAAACGACCGGUACCAGGGCUUCUGUGUGGACAUGCUAAGAGAGCUGUCAGACAUGUUGAAGUUCUCCUUCAGGAUCAAGCUGGUGGAUGACGGUCUAUAUGGAGCGCCUGAACCAAAUGGUUCCUGGACAGGCAUGGUGGGAGAGCUCAUCAAUAGGAAAGCAGACUUGGCGGUAGCUGGGUUCACCAUCACCUCAGAGAGGGAGAAGGUCAUAGAUUUCUCCAAACCCUUCAUGUCUCUGGGCAUCAGCAUCCUGUACAGAGUCCAUUUGGGACGGAAGCCAGGUUAUUUCUCCUUCCUGGACCCGUUCUCUCCAGCCGUGUGGCUCUUCAUGCUGCUGGCCUACCUGGCUGUCAGCUGUGUGCUCUUCCUAGCCGCCAGGUUGAGUCCCUAUGAGUGGUACAACCCUCACCCGUGUCUGAUGGGGCGCAAGGACAUGCUGGAGAACCAGUACACCCUGGGCAACAGCCUGUGGUUCCCCGUGGGAGGCUUCAUGCAGCAGGGCUCUGAGAUUAUGCCCCGCGCCCUGUCCACACGCUGCGUCUCCGGGGUCUGGUGGGCGUUCACUCUAAUCAUCAUCUCCUCCUACACGGCCAACCUGGCAGCUUUCCUUACAGUUCAGAGGAUGGAGGUGCCCAUCGAGUCUCCUGACGACCUGGCUGACCAGACCAACAUCCAGUAUGGUACCAUCCAAGGAGGCUCCACCAUGACCUUCUUCAUGAACUCGCGCUACCAGACGUACCAGCGCAUGUGGAACUACAUGCACUCCAAGCAGCCCAGUGUAUUUGUGAAGAGCACAGAAGAAGGCAUCGCCCGCGUAGUCAACUCUAAAUACGCCUUCCUGCUGGAGAGCACCAUGAACGAGUACCACCGCCGCCUCAACUGUAACCUCACCCAAAUAGGAGGUCUGCUCGACACCAAGGGCUACGGCAUUGGCAUGCCCCUGGGCUCGCCGUUUAAAGAGGAGAUCACUCUGGGGGUGUUGCAGCUGGCAGAGAACAACAGACUGGAGAUCCUGAAGAGGAGGUGGUGGGAGGGGGGGCAGUGCCCCAAGGAGGAGGACCACCGAGCCAAGGGUCUGGGCAUGGAGAACAUCGGGGGCAUCUUCGUGGUGUUGAUCUGCGGCCUCAUCAUCGCCGUGUUCGUGGCCAUCAUGGAGUUUGUUUGGUCCACCCGCCGCUCGGCAGAGACAGACGAGAUGUCAGUGUGUCACGAGAUGCUGACCGAGUUCCGCAACGCCAUCUCCUGUAAGAAGACCUCACGCUCUCGGCGGCGGCGGCCCUUGGCCAGCACUGGCGGUGUCCUGCGCCACCCCACGCGCCUCCAGCUGGGUGUCCCAAGACCCAUCCGCCUAGUUCGCGAGAUGCGUCUCAGCAACGGCAAGCUCUACAGUGGCUCGGGCCCCCUGACAGGCGGAGGGGGAGCAGCAGGGGGAGCGUGCGGGGCCGUAGGAGGGGGGCCCUCAGACAUGGGCCCGGGGCCACAGCGCCUCCUGGAGGACCAUCUGGGCGCCAACACUACGCCGCCCCCUCCCCCGCCCGCUGCUGCCACGGCGCCACCCUCCCGGAGCUGUGCCCACGUGCGGAUCUGCCAGGAGUGCCGGCGCAUCCAGAACCUGAGGUCGGCAUCGUCCUUCUCACGCAUCCCGCCCCACCUCGGUCCACACUCUUCUCUGUCCCUGCCCCGUCUCCCGCCACCCCCACCUCCCUCCUCCACCGACAGCGAUGGGGGUGGCUGCGACACAGUGAGCCCCAGGCGGCCCAAACCUAAGCCCACACCCCCUCCGCGGCCCUUACCCCCGGCCAAGACGCCCACCACAGACCUGCUGCUCGGGAAACAAGACUGAGGAACGGAGGGGUCAGACGUGAUAAUAGUCGAGGGUUAAAAGUCAAAGGUCGGGGUAUGAACGAGGAGCGGAGGGGGCUAUGAGCUUGUAGUGCAUUGACACGGCAGAAUCAAACCACUCUGAUCCGUUUGAGGGGGUGGCGAAGGGUUCAUUCUCCAGAUACCAACCCAGUCAACACAGUCCUCUUAAACCAGGAGUCGUGCUAAAACAGGAGACUCGUUCAAACUGGACUAGAUGAUAUAUUCAGACACUGAGAGACUUCAAGGGGAGCCUUCACAUUGCUCCCUCGCUAGUCUAUGCUCUUCUGCCACAGCUCCCGUGAGACGGGCAUGUUAAACCAACCCAUGGUCUCCACUUUGAUCUGCUAUGCCACAGGCUGUCUAUGGAGUAGAAAAUGACUUUUGACCACACACGACCGUUAGCUGCCUACGGUGCAUUGAGAGACCAUGUGGUGCACGUUCCACAGUAUGCAUAGACGUGUUCAAGCUGCCUGGUUUGGCUUUUGACCCCUCACUCUUUCACUUGGGUCUGGUGGGAGGACUUGACCUAUCCCACAAGCGCUGGAGAGGUUCAGGGGACCAUAGAGACUUCACACACGGACACAUGUACACAGAAACUCUGGUUCUCACAAAAAGAUGCAUAUUUUUCCCCAGAGCUGCUGCAAGAGCUUGAACUUUGGAAUUCUGGGACAUGUAAAACCAGACGAUGAAGGGAAAAAAGAGGCUUUCUCUGAGUGUAACUCGCCUAAUUUAUUUUCUAUCUUUCUUUCGUUAUAUAUUUGUAUUGUCGUCAUUGGUUUCUCGGUCACUGUGUAGUUAUUGACUCAUGUUUUUGGUUUGUCAUUAAAGAUCCUUGAGAAGCCGAUGUGGAGAUCAUGACCAAAUGAGGUCGCUUUCCAACCAAUCAUAAGCCCGGGAACAAAGUUCAAAGGUCAACAUCUGAAACAUAUAUUGACAGUACGCCCCAGAUCAAAUGAUUCAAUAUUACAGUCCAUGUUGGCUUGUUACAGUAGCAGUGUGUGACUUUUGCUUUUCCAACAAGCCAGUUUUGCCACGGAAUUUUAACGACAGAGUUUGUGUAAUCCCAGAAAAACAGAGCCACAGAGCACAGUUUAACAGCACGACAUGUUGUGAAUCCUUCAAACAGAUCAAAAUGUAAGAAACUCGAUAUAAAGAGCAAGGUUAAAAGGAAUGACAAAAGAGACAAACUGAUGAUCAUAUAUAGUUAUACGAAGCGGGAUAGGAGAAACGUAAUGCACAGUCCAGUCUGGCCAAUGGUAAGAGGAAACCUGUGUUAAUAUGUGUUCUGUGUGAUUCAUAUGGGGGACAUAAGGUUGUGUGAGUGCGUACGUACAGAGGAAACGAUGGGUCAGAGUACAUUUAGUCAUAUUUUAUGCUUCUUUUUUUUCUUUUGUGCUAAAUGGAUUAUUUAAGCAAUAAGGCCCGAGGAGGUAUGGUAUAUGGCCAAUAUACCACGGCUAAGGGCUGUUCUUUCGCAUGACGCAAUGAGGAGUGACUGGAUACAGCCAUGAGCCGUGGUAUAUUGGCCGUAUACCACCAACCCCUGAGGUGCCUUAUUGUGAUCAUAAACUGGUUACCAACGUAAUUAGAGCAGUAAAAAUAAAUGUUUUGUUAAACCCAUGAUUUUAAUAUAUAUAUAUUUUUUUUUUAUCUUCAUUUAACUAGGCAAGUCAGUUUAGAACAAAUUAUUAUUUACAAUAACGGCCUAGGAACAGUGGGUUAACUGCCUGUUCAGGUGCAGAACAACAGAUUUUUACCUUAUCCGCUCUGGGAUUCGAUCUAGCACCCUUUCGGUUACUGGCCCAAUGCUCUAACCACUAGGCUACCUGCUGCCCCAAUGAUUUAUGGUCUGAUAUACCACGGCUGUCAGCCAAUCAGAAUUCAGGGCUCGAACCACACAGUUUAUAAUAAGAAAAUGAGGACAAUUGUAUAUUAUUAUGAUUAUAUUGUUAUUAUUACUAUUGAAGGGUGGGGUACUGUAGGAGGGUCACAGUCCUCUUAUGUUAAAUAUAUAGCAACACAAAGUUAUUUGGAAUAAAAAAAACUGUAUACAAACCUCUGAAUCUGGUGUCUUUGCAUAUGACCGUGCCUGUGUACGCACGAACAUGAAGUGAUUUCAAAUCGCAAAGUUACCUGUUUCUGCUAGCUCUAGUUGUGUCGUUGUUGGUUCUGUCACACAGGAUGUUGGGCACUGCACUGACACAGCCAUACAAGUAGCAUGGCCUUUUCCCUGUCACGAGAAGGGUUUCAGACGUCCUGGAUAGAUUUGUUUCAUUUGAGGUCACUUGUCCUUUUGAUGACAGCCGUUGUAUUAAAUAAGGGAGCUGAGAAAACAAACGUUCUUCAUGUAUUGGGUGGAUUUGAUCUAUCUUGCCUCUCCAUAUUAAGACCUUGAAGAAGGCGCAGUGAUUCCGAGACGUU